AUGCUGCUCCGGCCCCGACGGCCGCCUCCGCCCGCGCCGCCGCCGUUCCCCGCCAGCCCCGACCCGGACCCCGAUCGCGAGCUCGACGGGGCGGCGCGGGAGGCCUCGGCCUCGCCCGCACGGCCGGCCUCGCCCGCGCCCGCGCCCUCGCCGUCGGCGCCCGCGUCCCCCGGGGUGCCGCCCGUGUCGCCCGGCUCGGCGCAGCGCACGCCCUGGAGCGCGCGGGAGACGGAGCUGCUGCUGGGCGAGCUGCUGCAGCCGGCCGUGUGGCGCGCGCUGCUGCUGGACCGGCGCCGCGCGCUGCCCACCUACCGCCGCGUGUCGGCCGCGCUGGCCCGCCAGCAGGUGCGCCGCACGCCCGCGCAGUGCCGCCGCCGCUACAAGUUCCUGCGCGACAAGCUGCGCGACGCCCGCGGCCAGCCGCCCGGGCCCUUCGACCGCCAGGUGCACGAGCUCAUGGCGCUGCUGGGCGACGGCGGCCACCCCCGCGGCCGCCGCCGCUCCCGCGGGCGCCGCGCGUCCAGCGGCGCGCCGCCCGAGCCAGGUAGGCCCGCCGCCCCGACCCGCGCCGACCCAUCCGCUCUCCGCCUCUCCUCCCCAGGCGCCGCCGACUCCGACCCGUCCCGGACCCUCAGCGUGCCCUCGUCCCCGCUCAAGGCCGCCGCCGACGCCCCCGAGCCCCCCGGCACCCCUCCGGCGCUCCCCGGCCUCGACGAUCACGCGCCCUGCCGCGGCCCCGACGGCUCCCCGCCGCCGCCCCGCGAAGACCCCGGCGACGCCGAGCACCACGCGCCCCUGACGCUCAACGCCGCCCUGCUGCAGACCCUCGGCCACCUGGGCGACAUCGUGACUAUCCUCGGCCCGCUGCGCGACCAGCUGCUCACGCUCAACCAGCACGUCGAGCAGCUGCGCGGCUCCUUCGACCAGACCGUGUCCCUGGCCGUCGGCUUCAUCCUGGGCAGCGCCGCGGCCGAGAGAGGCGUCCUGGCCGAGCCGCGCCAGUGA